AACCACGCCCGCGGGGCUCGGCGGAGUGCCCGCGACAGGGUCGCCGCCGCGUCGGCACCACGCGAACCUGCAGCAGGAGCACCCCCCGCCAGGGCGAGGCUCUCGGGCGGGAGGGCAGCAGCCCAGCCCGCCGCGGCGCGGGAGGAGGAGGAGGAGGAGGAGGAGGAGGAGGAGGAGGAGGAGGAGGAGGAGGAGGAGGAGCGGCCUGGGCGAACGCGGCGGCUGCGGCGGCCUCCUGGGUGCCGGCGGUGCCGUGCCGUGCCGUGCCCCUGCGCCAGCGGCCUCCGGGGGAGCUCCCGGGGAGGCCUCUGGGAGCGCAGAUGUGCACGUUUUCCUACUCGGCGUUCGACACUGGGCGGAAGGGGGGGAGGUCUGGCUCCAGACCUCUGCGUAGCGCGACCAAUUUGCGGCAGUGCGUCCCCUGUGGGGGAGAGACCACACCUGCUCAAAGCAGGCGCCAAAAACAGCCAGGAUCUACUCUUGGACUCGGGGCCGAACUCGGGGACAGACGCUGAGGCGGCGCGCACCCUCGACGGGGGCGCGCCCGCAGAGCCCACGGGGGGGGUGCACCCAGAGCGUACCCAGAGAUGCCUUUCUCGUCCCGGUGGCCAGUCCUCGAUGCUUGGGCACUCGGGGACCGGGGGCGAGAAACCGCCCGCGAGGACAAGGAGGCGCCCCUCCG